UUGCUGAUCCACACAUGCUGAAUCUGCAGAAACUUAAAUAGCUGGUUUGAUAAGAUAUCAUUUGUUGUCGUCAUUGGCUGGCUUUAUAUCUGUAUGUUCAAAAUGCAUUUAUUCAUUUGCAUGCAUGCACACAUCACAUGGUCUGAGCUGCGUGAGUUUGAGUGAUGGGAUGUUGUUAUGGAUUGAUGCGACAUGGCUCCCACCUGUCCUUCAGAAAUGCAUCCAGAUACAGCACGAAACGCCGAGGAUGCAAUGAGCCUCUAAAAAAGGACAAACCUAAAUGGAAAAGUGACAAUCAGAUGACAGAGGGCCAACUGCGCAGUAAAAGAGAUGAAUUCUGGGACACGGCUGACUUUGACAGUCGUCAAGAGAUAUGGGAUACAUUGAAAGCCGCAGCUGUAGCGGUUGAGUGUAAUGAUCAUGAGCUUGCACAAGCUAUUGUAGAUAGAGCCAGCAUCACGUUGCCUCAUGGAUCUCUUAUGGAGUGCUAUGAUGAACUGGGAAACCGCUAUCAGCUUCCUGCAUACUGCUUGGCUCCACCGGUCAAUCUCAUCUCUGAGAGCAAAGAUCAUCAUGUGUCUCAACACUCAGAGCCACAGGAAAAGAAAGAAAAUGAGUUUCAGCUGAAGGUGCAUCUAUCCACCGGCAAAGACCUCCGCCUCAGUGCCAGCAUGGCCGACUCCAUCCGGCAGCUGAAGAAACUUCAGCUUCAGGAAGACAUUGAUGCCGCCUGCCAGCGCUGGUUUUUCUCUGGCAAACAGCUGACAGAUAAAAUGCGCUUACAGGACACCAAGAUCCGGAAGGACUUUGUGAUUCAGGUCGUUAUUAGUCAGCCCAUUAUCCUCAAGUGAGGACUGCACGAACAGUGAACAAGGAAACAGUAAACUCAUAAAACCACGAGGAAGCUUUUUGUUGUUACUGCAUUUCCUAUUUCAAACUUUUCAAAGUUUAUGGAACUUCUUUUUGCAAUUGCACAUAUCACACUCGCAUUGGGGGCAUUUUUAUAAACUAAGAGGAGUUGAGAGGAGCUUGGCGUCCAACAUAAAGUAGAAAAACAACAAAGUGCAGGGAGACUUUUUAAGACAUAUCUGGUCUUAUCAACUAGAAAUCUUUGAUGUAAAGAACAAACAAGUAAUGUGUCAAAAUUUCAUUUUAUAUUCACAUAAACUACAGUUGUUUUUAGCUGUACUUUUACAGAGAAUUAUAGAAAUUAGCAGACAAUUAGAUCUAGAUUGUGAUAUAAUUUCACUGUCAACAGUUUUAAGUUUAGAAUUAUUUUUGUACUGUGACUAAGACAAUUAUUUUAGCAGAAUUCUGUCAGUCUGUGUGCUGCCGAAUUGGCAAAGACAUUAAAUAUUUUUUGUACUUUUGUAUUGUAAAUCUUGGCUAAUUUAAUUUACUAUUUGGCUUGACUUCAACAUUUUUGGGAUAAUCCCGAUUACCACAAGGACAUUGUAUUUUAUGAUGAGAAAUUUUUUAAUUAACACAUUACAAACCACUUUGUAGUGCAUCAGUUAGUUCCAGUGUAUGUUUUAUUUUUUUAAACCAUACAUUGAUGAACAGGAAAUAUAACUAUAUUUCUGAACAAUAAAUAAGACUAAGACUAAUAUGACUGUAUUCUUUACCUGAUAUGUCAUGUCUUGUGUGAUUAGAUGAUAAAAAGUCCUAGAAAAGUGAAGC